AUGAGCUACGCUGAACUUGGAAUUUCGACAUGGCCUGGGGCACUUCUUGCGCGGUUGGGACAUGCCUACGAUGGCCACGCGCCUGCGAGCAACCUCUGUCGAUCCGGAAAGUACGAAUUGGUUGGCCCUCAUCGGGGCCCGUGCGGGUUGCACUCUCCGGCACUUCUGCCCUUCUCCAGUGGCGUGGGAAAAAAGAACUUUCCUUUUCCCGCCACAGAUCCAAUCCACAUCCAGAGAGAUUGCCGUCAAAUCUCCCCCGUCCUGCAUCCAUCCGCUUGCAAAGUAUCCGGGCAGCCGCUGGAUGGAACCAACCGGUUUAUGAUAUCUGCUUAA